GCUCCUCACUCUUUAUUUAAGCUAAGAGAACUUGAAACUCUGAGACAUUUGCUCUGGAGCUUUCGUUGCGUGAAAGGCCGGCAACCGAAAAAUCGUCACCAUGAAUAAAUUGAUAUCUCUUGUAGGAUUGCUAGCUUUGUUGCAGAUCUGUUUGGCUGAGAACCCCCGGUAUGACCCAAGAUACAAGCGGGAAGCCAGUCCUGAGAGAUACGCCGCAGAGCCUCGCUAUGAGCCCAGGUACAAAAGAGAGGCUGCUGCUGAGCCUCGAUAUGAACCCAGAUACAAGAGAGAGGCUGCUGCAGAGCCUCGAUAUGAGCCCAGAUACAAAAGAGGAGCUGCUGCUGCUGCUGCUGCUGCAGAGCCCCGUUAUGAACCCAGAUACAAGAGAGAGGCUGCUGCAGAGCCUCGAUAUGAGCCAAGAUACAAAAGAGAAGCUGCUGCUGCAGAGCCCCGUUAUGAACCCAGAUACAAGAGAGAGGCUGUUGCAGAGCCUCGAUAUGAACCCAGAUACAAGAGAGAAGCCAGUCCCGACAGAUACGCUGCAGAAUCUCCAUCCUCCAGAUACAAGCGUAGCGCAAUCCGCGGGAGACAGAGAGGGGCCGGGCGUCGGGGGGUGAGGGUGGACGAUAAUGGGCGUAUCAUCAACCAGCGAAAUCAAGCACCUGUCCCUGUUCAGAAGCGCAUACAGCCACAAGAGCGAGAGGUCCAGUAUCAGUACUACAUGUAUGACCAGCCGCAUACUACUAUGACCCCCCCGCAUACGGGCCGGGACCUGAACUAGACUGCUCUUGCAAGAGAGAUUGCGGAUAUGACGAAUUUGAAAAUGGCGACUGUGCCAACGAUCAAACAAGAUGCUGCAAAUUUGAGUCCUAGUUCAGGAAAUGUUCGAGAUUCGAUGACAACACACCAUCAUCAUUUUCGGCUAGGCAUUCUAAUAGGCCUGUAUUUGUUGUCGAAACAAUAAAUUCUUCAUAUAUUUUUA